AAGCAAUUCAUAUAUAUAGGCCUACAUGCGCAAGUGAUUCUCUAUAUAGGGAUUUAAUUCCAAUGAUUUUGAUAUGAUUACAAUGAUGACAAUAAUGAUGAGCACGCGAACGAGUAAGAUGACAAUUCACUAACAAUCCACGCUCACGUUGUGAUUGAUCUUUCGCGCAGUGAUGAAUGGGAGCUGUCAAAUACUUUGCACACAUACAUUAGCAUCAUACACAUAUACAGCGGCCGGUUACGAUCGCGAAUUCUCCUAACCUGCCCGAAGUGCUUGUGCAUCGCGUCGCUGUCAACACACUCACGAGUCCAUUGUUAUUGUGCUUAUUUAUAAACCCUCGUUAUAAUUUUUAGAGCUUGACAUUCGUUUUCGAAGCAGCACACGAGUAUGGCGCAAUGACGGAGAUCGCGAGUUUGGAGUUACUUUAACGAUAUAAUACGCGCUUCGUUGAACAUCGAAUCGUCAUGGAACAGGUGGAAACGUUGGGCAGCGACGAGGAGUCGUUCUCCAACAGCAGUAGCAGCAUUCUGACCACCGCUAGUAAACAAAGCAUUUUAUACGCCGAUACUACGUGCAAUUGGAAGAUUGGUAAUGACAAGAGUCUCAAUGAAUGUGUAUCAACGAUGCUGGUGUCUGAGGCAGAAGACAAAACAAGUCUGGAAGAUGUAGUUUCUUUGGAAACUUGCAUUGCUUUGACAGCGGAUCCAUCUGGGGAAGCUUGCAGAAUCGAAUUCAAAAUGUUGAAUCAACAAAAAAUCGCCAGAGUCGCAGUUGUUUCAGAAGCUUCUGUUUUAGAGUUUUUCAAACAAUCUGGAGAGUACGCAACCACGGUAUUUGCAGAAUUUGUUGAUGAGUUUCAAGAUCAUAUGGUGUAUUUUGCAGAAGCGAGUAUUCAGCCCCCUUCUACAGAAGCAAGUGUCAAACUGACAAGAACAAUGAGUAAAAAUUCUUCAAUAUGGGUUUAUGGAAUCAAGCUCAUUCUUACUGAAGAUUUGGCUAAACCACAGAAGUCUGGCUUUAACAUGGAUUAUUUGAAUGAUUAUUUUAGUAAUUCAAAUGACGCAAGGUCAGAAAAAGCUAAAAAAUUCCUCACAUCAUUUGCUAGAAUUGAAAAUAAUUCAGGAGGUUUCAAUCAGAUUUUAAAUAACAUGGGAAGUUUGUUCCCUAAUUUUGAAAGAAUGUCAAUUAAUUCUCAAUCUCAAGAACUCAUAGAAAACCAUGAGAAGGAAUUAAGUAAUGGAAAAAGCAGUGAUAAAGUACAAAAAGAAAAUAUUAAUGAAUGUAAUGGUGACCCAAAAGAUGUGUCUAAUAUAAAAAAUUAUAUUGAUGAGAAGCUGAAUAGUUUUGAAGCAAGACUGAUGAAUCGCGUUGAAUCAAUGGAACGUGAUAUUAAUAAAAAACUUGACUUAAUUUUACAAAAAUUAGCUGAUAGUAAUACUAGAUAGCAGAAAAUUAUUGCAACUAUGUACAUAACAAAAGUGUUGAAAUCAUGUGAAUCAUUUGAAAAAUUUUUUAUUUAUAUCCUCUCAUGAUAUUAACUAUAAUUUUGUGUAAUUAUAAAAAUAGCGUAGCUUAAAGUGGAAUAAAAUAAAUACUUUAUAUCUAAACAGAAAAA